GUGUAUCACUAGAGAGUCUAAGAAAUCAACAAGACCAUAUAGUGAGCCAUCUUCUUGUACAACUACUGAUAUUUUUGUUUCUAAUGUCAAUACUUUAAUUCAAUACGACAUUGAUGAAACUUUGGAAAUCAAGGACGAAGUCAUCUUGGAUCAAAAGACAGUUAUAAGGAAAAAUCCUAAUUCGAAAAAUGUUAACAAAUCAAUGCUGAACCCCAAGAAGAAUGAAAUUCAUGAAUCAAAACAGAAAGCAGAAAAAGGAUACAAAUGUGAGAAAUGUACAGAUCAAGAGUGAGUCGAAGAAAUCAACAGAAAUGCCAUAUGGUUGGACAUAUUCUUGUACAACUACUGAUAUUUUUUUUGACAGUUCUAAUACUUUAAUUAAAUAUGAAAUUGAUGACACUUUGGAAAUCAAGCAAGAAAUUAUCCCAGAUCAAGAGACUGUUAGUGGGUUGAAGCGUAAUUCAGAAUAUGGUUCAACAUUGUCUGCAGUAGAUAUCAGAGAAGUUGAUAUUUCGGCUGUUAACAAAAUACUGCUGACCCCCAACAAGAACGAAGUUCAAAAAUCAAAACAAAAAGCAGAAAGAAAAUACAAAUGUGACAAAUGUACGCGAAGCUACACGCAAAAAAAGUAUUUAAAUAGUCAUCAAAGAUUUGAAUGUGGCGUCAUGCCACAGUUUAGAUGUAUGCUCUGCGGCAAACGAUUUAAAUUGAAAAGCCACGUGACUCGUCAUGUGAGGGGUGUACAUUUUAAAACACCUCGCUGAAAUCUUAAAUAAAAUAUUAUAGUAGAAAAAAUGCACUCGAAGUUAAAUUCUUAAGUGACAUACUUGCGUUAUUUGCGUUUACAUAAUUAAACGCAAAACUUACUUGUUAAGACAUAUCGUAUUGCUUCAAAACAUCUCAGUUUGUAAUAAUUAUUCUGUAAGGGAAACUUCAGUGCUUAAAAAAUUACUCAUACUAUUUUUUGCAUUGAAUAAAUGCUUGUAAAUUGUAUACCUUAAGUUAAUUUUUCGUAAAAUCACUAGAUAAUACUAAAGUUUACCUGAAACAGUAAAUGUGCUCUCCACUGACAUCGACAUGAAUAAAUUUUCUUACACAUAGAAUUUGUUAUUAAGGGAAAGUAUACUAGAGAAGGCCAUAAAAUAUUUCUAGAUUUUUUAUAUAAUAUAUAGUAAAUUAUUGAGAAAACCAAUUUACGCUGUGAUAAUACUUAACUAUCCAUGUAACUAUUUUUGCCAAAAAACGUCAAUAGAAUCUAUUACUUAGUUCAUUUUAAUGAUUUGAAGAAAAAAUCUCGAAGAUUGGUUCCUAACCUCUCUCGAAUUCCAUAUAUUUAAUCGCUUUUCCAAACAAACAAAAAUUAGAGACUAAAGCACACUCAUUCAUUUAUAAUGAAAAAAUAUCACAUAUUGACUUCCAAAUAAACCAAUUUUAUUAAUCAAUAGUACAAUUAAUUGUACAGAAUUUUAAUAUGAAAGUCAUGUAAUUUUUUGUGAUGCUCAAAUUAGUUAAUCUCAUCUCUCACAUUUAUUCCUUAUAUCUUGAUCAAAUUUAUUCCAGUUAUGUUGAGUAUUGUGCUAAAAUAUUGUAGAUGAAGUUUAAGGAACAAUGUUUUUUGCAUAUUAUAACAAAUUCAAAUGCUUUUCUUUCAAAUGUGACCUACUCUUGCAUAAUUCCCCUAAACAUUCUGUUUAUUUGAAAAAAUAUAUUAAAGCGCAUAGAUUGUUUAACAUUUACUUUGUAAUUUAGGAAAGAAAACUGAACUCCUUUCCG